UUUUCGCAGUUAUGGACUCUGGUGAACUGCGGUAUACAUACAAUUCUCUCGUGGAAGAUACUAUCACAGCCUACUGUAAGCUGUGAUCACAUACCGUGAUACCGUGCUGUCAUACUAUAUAGAGAGUUACAUAUCUGUGAAAUUGUUGAAAAAUAUUUAUUGUUAGAAUUCAAAAACAGUUUGUAAUUCUAUAUAAGCUCCUCUAAUUUAAAUUUUCAACAAUAAACAGAAAUUUUAUUACUAUGGUAUAAUUCAUAAUGCAGAAUCAUUAAUAAUUCUCAAGCUCUCAAGAGGUUAAUUAAUGAAUGCAUUAAAAACGCAAUCGGAAAAAGGACGUAUAACAGAAAAAAAGCUUAACAUGUCUGUUUUACCAUUUAUUUCAUUCAAAGGUUGCAUUAAUUAUGUCAGUGAGUUUGAUACAUGUGCUAUGAUUUGUGAUAAUAUUAUCAAAGAAGUGGACAAUUAUGACAGUGAUAUAGUACCAGUAGGAUUUGAUUUAGAGUGGCCUUUUAGUUUUCAAACAGGAAGCGGAAAAACUGCUUUAAUACAAAUAUGUUUGAAUAAUAAUAUAUGUCAUCUAUUACAUGUAUAUUCAUUGAAAAAGCUACCUGCUGCAUUGGUCAUUCUUUUAAGUCAUCCAAAAGUAAAACUAGUUGGAGUUAAUGUAAAAAACGAUAUUUGGAAAUUAGGUAGAGAUUUUACUGAAUUUCCAGCAAGUAAAGUGGUGGAAAAUAAUUGUAUAGAUUGUGGUACAUUUGCAAAUAGAGUAUUAAAUAGAUCUUGUCGUUGGAGUUUAGAGAAAUUAACUGUACAUUUGCUGAACAAAAGUCUAGAUAAAAAUUCAAAAGUAAGAAAAAGUAAAUGGCAUAUACAUCCUCUAAACGAUAACCAAAAAAUGUAUGCCGCAACAGAUGCUUAUGUUUCAUGGCUUCUAUACAUUACCAUACAAGAAAAAGCAAAUUUAAAAGAGAUUUAAGAAAAUGUGAAUUGUAUAUAAUUUGGGUUAAUAAAUACUUAAUGAUAUACCAAA